AUUCACUCUUGCUUGCUCGCUCACUCACUCACUCACUUACUCACUUACUCACGGGGCUCUUUCUGACGCCCACAGACUUUCUCUGUCUCACAGAUACUAAAAAUCUCGUUUAUUUUCUUCACUGAAAACAGAAAAUCCGAAACGGAACAUCUCAUUUCUUGCAUUUCUCCGAUUUCUCGGCCUCUAGUUUCGGAGGAAUUUAUAUGCCUAGUAAUUCAGUAUCCACACACACGUUGAUACGGUUUACUUUUGGUGGAAUACAAGUACUACUCCAAAAUGGUUCUAGGUGUAAACGCAAAGAACAGGAAAGGUGCCUCAGUUCAUGUGGAUUAUCUAAUCCACAUCCUGGAGAUUAAGCCUUGGCCCCCAUCUCAGUCUCUGAGAUCCCUUCGUUCAGUCCUGAUUCAGUGGGAAAAUGGUGAUCGCAACUCUGGCUCUACUGACACUGUUGUUCCCUUGCUUGGCUCAAUCGUUGGUGAGGGGAAAAUUGAAUUCAACGAGUCUUUUAGAUUACCUGUGACUUUGAUAAGGGAAAUGUCUAGCAGAGGCAAGGAUGCUGAUUCAUUCCAGAAGAAUUGCUUAGAAUUCAACUUGUGUGAACCUCGAAGGGAUAAGAUCCAGUUGCUGGCAACUGCUGUAAUAGACUUGGCAGAUUAUGGUGUUGUCAAGGAUACCCUAAGUGUAAAUGCUCCAAUGAGCAGUAAUAGGAGCUUUAGGAACACAUCUCAGCCGGUUUUGUAUAUCAAAAUCCAGCCAAUUGAUAAGGAUCACACCAGCUCCUCAUCAAAGGACAGCCUAUUGAAAGGAGUUUCACCGGACAAGAAUGGUGGUAAAUCAGUUUCAGCAUUUAUGAAUGGAGAAUAUGCUGAGGAAGCUGAGGUUGCCUCCUUCACUGAUGAUGACGUCUCCUCACAUUCAUCUCUAACCAAUGGGGGUUUGCGUCCUCAAAAUGAAGAGAAUGGACUGGACAGACAAACAAGUGGAGGAGGGGUUAACAAGGAGAAGGAUAUUGCUCCAAAAUUGGGCAUUGAAAAACAUAUUGCACCGCAAGAAAAUCCAAAGGAGAGUUCAUCUUGCUCGUCUUCUGUAGAUUUAUCUUCUGAUUCUGGGAGCCCAGUAAAUGCUCAUGCUUCUUUGUUGAGCUCUCCUGACUAUAGUUUACAGUCAAUGCCAGAAACUGAAGUUGUCCAUAGUGUUCAUUCUUCUUCUUCUUCUUCUUCUUCUUCUUCGUCUUCUUCAGCCUUCAAUUAUGCAAGUAAAGAGGAAGAGGCCAACAUCAACAUGACAAGCAAUGGCCAGUAUGAUUUUGUUCAGGAGGUUGAUGAAAAGGACCCUAACAGCUCAAUAGAAACUAGAGGUGAUGCUCAUCAGAUAAGAAUUGGAAAAAAUACCCUGGAAAGGACUGUAACCAAUGAUGAGGUUUAUAGUUCUAUGGAGGACAUGAAUGGUCAAGAUCUAGAAGAAAAGGGUCAUUUCUCAGAAGAUGAACUGAUUGAUACAUUUUCACAAAAUGGUACUAGAAAUGAAGGCUCACUUGGGACUGAUACUCCUUCUUCAAGUGGAGAUAUUGAAAUGAAAGGAAAUAUCCUCAAAAUUGAAAGAUUAAAGCAUGUGAAAUCUGUUCGAUCAUCAUCAGACUCAUCUGGGAGUAAUGGAUUAAUUAGCAGAAACCAAGACAGUGAAGUGAAGGAAGUCGGUGCCUCAGGAGAUCUGCAGAACACUGCAGGAUGCUUCAAAGUCGAUGAAAGAAAAAAUGCUAAGGUUUACCAACAAGAUACGAGAACAACCAUUUUAAAUGCCAAAAUCCAGCAAUUGGAACAAAAAAUGAAAAUGCUCGAGGGAGAGCUGAGAGAAGCUGCUGGAAUUGAGGCUGCUCUUUAUUCAGUUGUUGCUGAGCAUGGAAGUUCUAUGAGUAAGGUGCAUGCUCCAGCACGGCGCCUUUCUAGGCUAUAUCUUCAUGCUUGUAAGGAAAGUUCUCAACAAAGGAGAGCCAGUGCAGCUAGAAGUGCUGUUUCAGGACUAGUUCUGGUUGCAAAGGCAUGUGGGAAUGAUGUCCCUAGGUUGACAUUUUGGCUAUCAAACUCUGUUGUGUUGAGAGCAAUUAUAAGCCAGGUAAUAGGUGACAGAGAGCUAUCACUUUCUGGUAAAAGGAAUAUAGAGAUGAAUGACGGUGGAAAGGGGAACAAGAUGAUGCCAUCUUCGCUAAAAUGGAUGCAGUCAUCUUCUGGCAGGAAGGAAAAUAAGAGUGUUAUUUGUGGAGAUUUAGGUGACUUGGAGGAUCCACAUGAAUUUGUAUCUGCGCUGGAAAAAGUUGAAGCUUGGAUCUUUUCCCGAAUUGUUGAGUCUAUAUGGUGGCAGAGUCUUACCCCACACAUGCAAUCUGCUGCUACAAAAGCGAUUGAUAGAUACAUUUGUUAUGGCUCAAAGAAAAACCUUGGAAGAACAUCAAGUUCAGGUGAUCAAGAUCAAGAAAACCUUUCAUUAGAACUUUGGAAGAAGGUGUUCAACGAUGCCUGUGAGAGACUUUGUCCUCUUAGAGGUGGUGGGCAUGAGUGUGGCUGUUUGCCUGGGUUGGCCAGACUGAUAAUGGAGCAAUGCGUGGCUAGAUUAGAUGUGGCAAUGUUUAAUGCCAUUCUUCGUGAAUCUGCUGAUGACAUCCCAACUGAUCCAUUGUCUGACCCUAUCAAUGAUUCAAAGGUUCUUCCUAUUCCAGCUGGCAAAUCAAGCUUUGGGGCUGGAGCACAAUUGAAAAAUGCGAUUGGCAACUGGUCUAGAUGGCUGACUGACUUAUUUGGCAUGGAUGAUGACUCACUUGAAGAGGACAAUGACAGGGAUGAGAAUGAUGAGAGACAGGACAUAUCCUUCAAAUCUUUCCAUCUCCUUAAUGCCUUGAGCGAUCUCAUGAUGCUUCCCAAGGACAUGCUCUUGAGCAGGUCCAUAAGAAAAGAGGUAUGCCCUACAUUUGGAGCUCCAUUAAUCAAAAGGGUUCUUGACAAUUUUGUCACAGAUGAGUUUUGCCCCGAACCUAUUCCUGACAUUGUGCUUGAAGCCCUAGAGUCUGAGGAUCCUUACGAGGCUGGGGAGGAGUCUGUCACAACCAUACCAUACAUUGCAGCUCCACCAUUUUAUUUGCCACCUUCAGCAGCUUCAGUUGCUGACAUUAUUGGAGAGUCUGGAAGUCGAUUGCAGCUGAGACGAAGUGGCUCAUUGCUCAGAAAGUCACACACCAGCGAUGAUGAGCUUGAUGAAUUGAAUUCACCUAUGGCUUCAAUUUUCCUUGUCGGCUCUGAAACUUCACCUGCUCCAACAAAGCUUGGCUGGAAAUCAAAGGAAAUGGGAAAUCAAAAUUCCAUUAGAUAUGAACUUCUUAGGGAAGUAUGGAUCAACAGUGAACAUGUAAAUUCCCAAGUACAUUACAUGUAGAUGAUGCUUCACCUUGAUUUAUCAUGUUUUGCACAUCUACAGUCAAGCUUUGGGAUUGUCUUGUUAAUGUACAAAAGAUAUCAUUUUCUAGUAGCAUAAAUGCAUAAUAUAUUAUUAAUAUUAA